CUAAACUUCAUGAAGAUACUGUCUGUAUAAAUCGUCUUGUUGGCAGCCACAAAGGGCAAGUCAGUUGCACGACGGGAAUACCUUAAGGUUAACGUUCCACAAACAUGUGAUGAAAUCAUGAAGUACCUAUUGGUGCAAGUUCCACCUCCUCAGCCAGGGUUGCCUCGUCCUCGUUUCUCCCUACUCCUAUCCUCCCACCUGCAGUAUGGAGUGGUGCUGGUUUAUCACAGGCAAUGUGGCAUUCUUAUAGGAUCACUUAUACUCUGCCUAGUGCUGUUGAUAAACAGAUGGACCCACUCUUUGGAGUGGUUGAUUACGGUCUGCCUAGCCCCAGUUCAUAUAUGCAGAUGUUCUCCGCAGAGUUUCCAGACACUUCUAUGAGCAUGCACACUGAUGGCUUUAUAGCGUCUCCAGAGUCAAUCACUCUGAGAGAGCAAGAGCCACUGAUGAUCUCUCAAGAUGAGUUUCAAGGAGUAGAGCUCCAGGUGGAAGGUUUGGUUGAAAUGCUUCUGGAGCAACCAGAUAAUUUUAUUGAAGGAAUGAUUAGGGAUCAGCAGAUGGAAACAGAAAGGUCAUCACCACUGCAAGAUCAGGAACAAGUAAGGCAGGCAGAGGCGGAGAGGGGGCAGGACACGGGGCAGGACACGGAGCAGGACAGGGAGCAGGAGAGGGAGGUUGAGAGAGCCGCAGAGAUGGAGAAGACACGAGACAUGGCGGCCUCCACCAUGUCCACAGACCAACUCCAGGUUACUGCUAGUAUCUCGAGCAAGGAGCCUACAAUUUUGUUAGAGGAAGGAGUCAUCACACCCAUGGCGGAGGCGUAUGAGAUCUCUGAAGAAAGGACUCCCAUGUCUGUGCCUCUGCCUUCUCCAUCAUCAGUAGGCUCAAGGCCAAGAGAGGAGAGAACCAGGCAGAGAAUUGAGAGCCCAAGCCUUGAGGUACUAGAGUUGCCCCCUGUUGUGAGACGGAGAAGACGUAGGCAGCUCAUCUUUGUUGAUGAGAGAACCCAGAUCCAUGAUGAUGAACAGCGAGCACAGAUUGACAAUGUGCAUAUUGAAACCAGACCUCUAGCAGAGGUGCUUGUGGAUGUGCGAACUCUUAGGACAGCGACUCCUGAUGCACUUUUGAGCAAUCCCUGUUAUGACCUGCCCCAAGACAUCCUGGAGAUAUGGAGACGUGGUGCAGCUCCUCGCUCCUCUCUUGCUGCCUGGGGAGAGGUGGAGAUGGAGGCCUCAGAAGAGGAGCAGGAGGAGAGAGAGCUGGGAAGGAGAGAGAUGGAGGAGGGAAGAGUAGAGGUGGAGCGAGAGUCUGACGCUCUGGAGAUUGCGAGCGACAGAGAGCUGAGCUCCAAGGACAUCAGCGCAACCUCUCUGCCACAUCCAGAGAUCCCCAGAGAAUUUGAGCACUCUUUGUCUCAGGAAGGCUCAGGUGUUUCAGUACACUCUCUGGAGUUAUCUGACAAAGACAUGUCACAGCUGGAACCUAUCGGGCUCCCAAGGUCUCCUGUCCGGCCUAUGCUUGGUCAUCUGGAAGACAUUCCUGAAGAAAUUCCCGAGCCUUUUGAGGACGCGUUGAGGAUGUUUUUCCAGCCUCUGGAGAUGCAGGAUGAGGUGACUUUUCAGUCGUUACUACCUCCAUCACCAAGCCGUGAAACAGUUGCUGGCUCUUUCUGGUAUCUUUUAGAAAAUGUCAAUCAACAGAGAGUCAUUGUGCACCAGGAUGAGCCAUACGGUGACAUCUUUGUUUCACGUGGACUUCUGUUUGAUCAAAUAUGGAUUGUUUCCAAGUUCCAGCCUUAUUUCCCGGUAGCUGUUUGAAGCCAUCCAAUGAAUUGAUGGCUCCAUUGCCCACCCCAGUGGGAAAUAAAAAAGGAGAGCAGAGCCCCCGCUGAGCUAAAUAUAGACAUAGGUAUGCCAGUGGUAUGAUGGCGUUACAACGCCGCUGUCGGUAUUUACAAACAAACGCCACAGGUGCUACAGAGAAAUGUAGCAAAGUAUGAGUUGUAUAGUUCUGAUCAAAGUUAAUUUAUUAUGGUUAUGUAAUUAUAAUGAACAUAAAAUAUAUAUUGUGAAGGCUACUGUGUAACU